UUGCAGACGCAGUAACGUCGGGUUGCUAUGGUUACCCAUGCUAAAACCAUACGUUAGUUACGCAUCGCAGCGUAUGAGUUUAGGAUUCUAUUGGAGAACGACCUUAAUAUCUGGUUCUAUUCCCUCCGAAAAACAACGCCGUAGCGUAGCAGACGACUUAGUGUUAACGAUAUCAAGCACGUUUCUUUUUGUCAUUGCUGAAAAUUGUCAAAAUUCGAAAAAGAUGAUGGAUAAUUCAAAUGAUUCGGAUGAAAAUGAAGAUACUAAUUUCCACACACCACCGGAAAUUCGCGAACUUGUGAAAGAGGCUCAAAAAGAUUUCCUGCCGUCAACUUCAAAGAAUAAAUAUAACAGUGUCUACACAACAUUCAAGACCUGGGCCAAAUCAAAAAAGGUGACGACUAUUACAGAAAAUGUUAUGUUAGCAUAUUUGAUAGAAUUAUCUGAAAAGUAUAAACCACCAACGGUAUGGUCAACAUACUCCAUGUUAAAAUCUACUCUAAAAAACAAUGACAAUGUUAACAUUGCAAGCUUUAUGAAAGUUACAAGUUUUCUGAAAAGAAACUCAGAUGGUUACAAAUCAAAAAAAUCGAAGACGUUAUCUCCCGAAAAUGUUAACAUGUUUCUGUCCGAAGCUCCGGAUGACAUAUUUUUGGCUACAAAAGUUGCUUUAAUUUUCGGCAUAAGUGGUGCUUGCAGAAGGGAAGAAUUAUCAAAAAUAAAAAUGGAAGAUGUUCUUCAUGAAGGCAAUCUGCUUUUAAUAAAAAUACCAAAUACAAAAACCAAAACACCACGAUCAUUUACUGUGGAAGGAGAAUUUCGAGAAAUUGUGUCAAAGUACGAAUCUCUAAGACCAAAAAAUGCUAAUUCGAAUAAAUUUUUCCUUAACUUUCAAAAAGGAAAGUGCACCACCCAAGUUAUUGGGAAAAAUAAAUUCGGUAAAAUGCCGAGUGAAAUUGCCAAAUAUUUAGAUCUCGAAAAUCCUGAAUUAUAUACCGGACAUAGCUUUCGAAGGACAUCUGCUACAUUACUAGCCGAUUCUGGUGCGGACAUAAUCGCUCUUAAACGUCUCGGAGGUUGGAAAACUUCAGCCGUAGCGGAAGGUUACAUUGAAGAAUCAACAACAUACAAGAGAAAAAUUGGAAAUCAAAUUGAAGCCUCAGUGAAUUUAGCCUCAUCAAGUGGUUCAAAGCAGAUCAAGGAAAUUCCAUCGAAUGAGUCAAAUAAUAAAAAAUCAAAUAAACGAAAAAUUAUCCACGAAAUUGCAUCAGAUAUUGACUCUAUUUCAACUGCAGCUAGCUCAUCAGGGCAAAACACAUCAAACAAAGUUCGGAAAACCAAUGACAUUCAUUAUUCAUCACAAAUUAAUAAUUCUCAAGAAUCAAACAAUCAAUCAAUUACAUAUAACAUAUCGCACUGCACAUUCAACAUCUACAAAUAAAUAAUUUGACAUUCACACAUCUGUAUCUUUUGCUCAUAUUUUCAUUAUUUUUUAUCUCGCCUCGUUAAGUUUUUGUUUCAAAAAACAACAAAUAUGUAUAAAAUUUAAUUUUUUCUUAACGAAAGUUUAUGAAUUUUGUUAAACUACAAAACAUACCAUUCAAUGUGUGACAUUUAAGUAUUGUUUAAAAUAUUUUCAAAAUAAAAAUUUUGGUUCAAUUUAA